CCGGUAACAAAAAUAGGCAGCUGCCCAUGGAUAGAUUCAAGUGUGUCUUCCCCACGAGGCCUCCUAGCUAGCCACCACCAUUGCAAUCUUUUCCUCCACGCAGGGGAGGAAGAAGCAGCAGCAGCUGGAUUAACCGGAUCAACUGAGGAAGGAAGAGCCGUCGAGAGCGAUGGCGAGCAAGGCCCACCUCUCCUUCCUGCUCCUCGCGGUCGUCGCGGCCUCCCUCGCCGGCCCGUCCGCCGGCAUUUUCCACAUCGUCGGCGCCGGCAAGGGGUGGCGCAUCGCCCCCAACCAGACCUACUACGCCGACUGGGCCCGCACCAGGGACAUCCACGUCGGCGACAAGCUCAUGUUCCUGUACCGGAGCGGGGUGUACGACAUCGUGCAGGUGCCGACCAAGGAGCUGUUCGACGCGUGCAGCAUGGACAACGUCACCAUGCGGUACCAGCUCGGCCCCACCAUCAUCAAGCUCGACACGCCCGGCCCGCGCUACUACUUCUGCGGCGUCGGCGAGCACUGCGAGGGGGGCCAGAAGGUCGCCGUCAACGUCUCCGGCGACCCCGCCGCCCCCGCCACCGCCACCGCCACCGCCGCCGCCACCGCCGCCGAGGCGCCCGCCGCAGCGGCGCUGCCGCCGGCGGCGCCGAUAGAGCUGGGGGAGGCCGCGCUGGCGUCGUCCAUGGCGCAGGCGGAGGCCGAGCAGGCGUCGUCGACGGCGCAGGACGAGGCCGCGACGGCGCAGGCGGAGGCCGCGCAGGCGUCGUCGACGGCGCAGGCGGAGGCCGCUGAGCCGUCGUCGAUGGAGCAGGUGGAGCCCACGCAGGCGUCGUCGACGGCGCAGGAGGAGCUCGCGCAGGCGUCGACGAUGGAGGUGGACCCCGCGAAGCUUGUGGACGCCAAGAAGAAACUAUAGGGAACAUGUAUGGCAUGCGUAUACUAUGUAUUUACCCAGUAUGCAUCUUUGCCGCACAAGUACAAUAGCCCUCGAUCUGGGCUUGGAUCGAUGUAUUUUCAUUUUUCAUUUUUUGGGGUCGAUGUAUUUACGCUCAUACUAAGCCACGGCGCAAUUGGAUCGUAUGUAUGUACAUCGGCUUGGUGUAGGUACGUACGUACAUACAAGGCGGUCGUGUACAGUAGUUUUUUUUUUUUUGAAUGGUUUGAAAUAUGGCCACAGUACGUA